AUGUUUUGGGCAAGGGCCAAGGCCCUGGCCACCAAAAUCGCGCUCUGCGCUCCGGGAACGGGCAGCAGCGCGACGCAGUUCGAGAGCGAGCGGCGGCGGCGGCUUAGCACCAACCAUGAUGAGGCAGCGCUGGCGGCGGGAGAGAUGGCGGAGUUGGCGGCGGCGCUCGAGGAGAGCGCGAGGCUGGAGGAGGAAAGGCGGGCGCCCGACGAGCAAGCGUCGUCCUCUUUGGCUGCAGAGAGGCCGCUUUCGGUGGAGGAGGAGGAGCCGCCGGCCGACUUCGUCUGCCCAAUCACGACCGAGGUCAUGAGUGACCCGGUGAUGGCGGCGGACGGGCAGUCGUACGAGCGGACGGCGAUCGAGCGCUGGCUCGCGACCAAGUCGACGAGCCCGCUGACCGGCGAGGAGCUAGAGUUCACUCGGCUCUUCCCAAACCACACACUCCGCCGGGUGAUCCGACAGUGGCAGGAAACCGCUCGCAACUGA